GGAUGCCAACUGUCUAUAAACCCCACUGAAGAAGAAAAAGCUACUCAUGUAAUGCAUGCUGGAAAGCAGACAAAAACUAAUGAUUUGCAAGAGAUCUAAACACGAUUUAUAAGCUACUGAACAACAAGUCCAAGAAAGCAUUGCUAACCGCGUUUGCACUUUGAACAGAUUUCUCGACAAUAAUAAUGGAAGAUGUGACUGGGGCUCAGCUCAUUGCAGAGGCACUAAAAGCUCAGUCCAGGUGCAUGUCUGGUUGUGUCUGGACCGGGACUCAUCCAUUCACUUGGUGGAAUGGCCAAUGCUAACAUGAACUGCUGGCCUGUGAUUGUUAUUGGAGGCUCCUCUGAUCAAAACCAAGAGACCACUGGGGCGUUUCAAGAGUUUCCACAGGUGGAGGCAUGCAGAUUGUACAGUAAGUUCUCUGCUAGGUCUAGCAGUCUGGAUAUGAUCUCCUCAGUGGUAGAGAAGAGAGGUGCCCUGUAGUCCACCUCCUCCUGUGAGUAUGGCUGACCAUAUGGCGAUCACAGAAGCACUGGCGGUCCUGAAAGGAGCCAAACGGCCUUUACUCAUCAUUGGCAAAGGUGCAGCCCAUGGAAGAGCAGAGGGUGCUCUGAGGGAGCUGGUGGAGGGGUGUGACCUGCCCUUCCUGCCCACCCCCAUGGGUAAAGGGGUGCUGCCUGACAAUCACCCCAACUGUGUUGCUGCUGCCCGCUCCAGAGCUCUGCUCCAGUCUGAUGUUGUGGUGCCUACUUGGUGCCAGACUCAACUGGAUCCUGCACUUUGGCCUUCCCCCCAGGUCAAUGUCAAGGUUGAUCUGUGUGCUGAGGAGAUGGGGAACAACGUGCAACCUGCUGCUGCUCUCCUGGGGGACAUCAAUACUAUUGUCAAGCAGCUCCUGGAGUACGUUCACAAAGAUGGCUGGAGGUAUCCAGCUGAUACAGAAUUGUGGACCACGUUGAAAGAGAAGAUGGUUGCUAUGACAAAGGUGACAAAGGCGUUAGCUCUACAGUCGACAACACCCAUGAACUACUACCAAGUGUUCCACCACAUCUCCCAGCUGCUGCCCCACGACUGUGUCAUCGUGAGUGAGGGGGCCAACACCAUGGACAUCGGGCGCACCAUGUUGAACAACUACCUUCCUCGACACAGGCAAGGCAUGCCGCCUCACACAGAGAUCAAAGGUCAAAUCCGCCAAGUAUCCUGUGCCUUUGCCCUGAAGACAAGUAGGAAUGAGUUGGGAUCUGUUGAUAGUUCUGCCUGAGAAGACUUCUCAAUGGAGUGCUGCCUGACAGGCUGACUGGAUGACUUCUCAAUGUAGUGCUGCCUGACAGGCUGACUGGAUGACUUCUCAAU